AUGCCUCUCGCCCGGCGAUCAACCCUGACUGCAAUCUCGCUGCUCGCCCUUUGCCUGGCCUUCUACUACCUUGCCUGGCAGCCCGGCUUGCCGCACCUGCGCUCGUCUCGCCCGCGCCCACCGUCGACCACCGCGCCAUACGAUCAUGUCGAUGACUUUACGAGGCCAUCCGUCGGCCCCGCCAGCUCCGCCGCUGCUCCACUGCGCGCCCUCACUCCUGACGAAGAUCCCUUCCGUCCCGGCGUCCCGAAGCCCGACGGCAACUACUCGCGCGUGCUCGUCGUGCCCCGCAUGAAGGGCGAGGACGUCUCGUGGAUCGACGACGUCCGCGAGGAGCUGCCCGACCUGCAGACGGCCGUCUACGUCAUGGACGACCCCUGGGCUGACUUCCGCGUGCCUAAGAAUAAGGGCCGCGAGUCCAUGGCCUACCUGACCUACGUGAUCGACCACUACGAUGAUCUACCCGACGUCGUGCUGUUCUUCCACGCCCACAAGGUCGGAUGGCACAAUCUGUUGAUCCUGGGCCAGGACUCGGCUGAAAUGCUGAAGAUGCUCCGUGUCGAGCGCAUCUGGAGGACCGGCUACAUGCCCUUUAGGUGCGAUGCCAAGCCUGGAUGUCCGGACUGGUUGCAUCUGGAUCGGCCCGAAGUCGAUUUCGACGAGCAUCUCCGCAUGGAGGAGAAGUACUACACUCCGCAGAUCUGGAGGGAGCUCCAUCCGCCGGGCUUGGGUGGGAUGGGCGAGAUGCACCGCGUGCCGGGCGUGCUGAGCGCGCCUUGCUGCGCCCAGUUCGGAGUAUCUCGGGAUCGUAUUCGGGCAAAUCCCAAGGAGAUGUACGAGCACUACCGGACUUGGCUGUUGAAGACGGACCUGGAUGACCAGUACGCGGGCCGCAUCAUGGAGUACACAUGGCACUACAUCUUCACCAGGCAGUACCAGUUCUGCCCGUCACCGCACACUUGCUACUGCGAUGGUUACGGCAUCUGCUUCGGUUCGCAAAUUGAAUACGACAAGUAUGCCGAAAAGGAGGAGCGCAAAUGGGAGAUUUGGGACAUUUUGAACAGUCGGCCAGGCGAGGCUGCUGAGAGGGAGGCCCAGGUGGAAUUGAGAGACCUUGAGGCGGUGAUGGAUUCGAUGAAGAGUGAGGCCAUAAAGCGCGGAAAGAGCGAGGAGGCAAGGAGGCUUGAAAGGGAACGUAUUCCUCUGCACUAG